AUGGCGGCUCCGCUGGGUGGUAUGUUCUCCGGGCAGCCGCCGGCCCCCCCGCAACCCGCGCCGGGACUCCCGGGCCAGGCUUUGCUUCUUCAGGCAGCGCCUGGCGCGCCGAGGACUUCUAGAAGCACCUUGGUGGACGAGCUGGAGUCGUCGUUGGAGGCUUGCUUUGCUUCUCUCGUGAGUCAAGAUUAUGUCAAUGGCACCGAUCAGAAAGAAAUUCGAACUGGUGUUGAUCAGUGUAUCCAGAAGUUUCUGGAUAUUGCAAGACAGACAGAAUGCUUUUUUCUACAAAAAAGAUUGCAGUUGUCUGUUCAGAAACCUGAGCAAGUUAUAAAAGAGGACGUCUCAGAACUAAGAAAUGAGUUGCAGCGGAAAGAUGCGCUGGUGCAGGAGCACUUGACAAAGCUGAGGCAUUGGCAGCAGGUGCUGGAGGACAUCAAUGUGCAGCACAAAAAGCCGGCUGAGGUCCCUCAGGGCUCCUUGGCCUACCUGGAGCAAGCAUCUGCCAACAUCCCUGCGCCUAUGAAGCAGACUUGA